AUGUCAGUAGCGCACGACCAGGUUUUGGGCCCCGAAUAUCAGACAAUUUUCGACCCAGACACAUGCACUCGCAGAGGUCUUUGUCCUGUAACACAAAUACGCAGCCAGGAAGGUCCGCUUGAGAGUCACUCUUUGUACUAUGAGCAGCACGGCACCGGACCCGAGAAGAUCGUCUUUAUCAUGGGUGUUAAUAGCACAUCCUUCGGAUGGUUAUAUCAGGUCGAGCACUUCAGCAAACUUCCCCAGUACUCGGUACUAGUGUUCGACAAUCGUGGUGUGGGUAUGAGCGGAACUCCAAGAGGUCCAUACACAACAAGUGGCAUGGCCGAGGACGUCAUAGUAUUGCUCGACUAUCUGAGAUGGACCGAGGAACGUAGCAUUCAUGUUGUAGGCCUCUCGAUGGGCGGAAUGAUAGCACAAGAGCUCGCGGAUCGUAUACCCGACAGAAUAACUUCCCUGAGCUUGAUUGUUACCACAGCAGGUGGUCAAUUCUGGCUGAAUGUGCCACCUUUGAAAGGUUCUACGGCGAUGACAAGGCUAUUAAUGACGGGGGAUCCUGACGUGAAGGUUCCCAUCGUAAUGGAUAUGCUGUACCCUCAGCCGUGGCUAGAGAAGAAGGCUGAAGGUGACCCAGAAGGACGGACUAACUUAGAAGUUCAAUCUGCUUUUUACCAUCGGCGUCUGAAGAUCACCCGACCCCAAACACCUUUGGGUGCUUUGUCGCAGAUGUAUGCGGGGCUCACCCACCAUGUCUCGCCUGCACGGUUGCGCAAGAUAUCCUCAUCGAUACCUAAAGUUCUCAUCCUGACAGGCGACCAGGAUCACGUAAUACGUAGUUCUAACAGUCGCCAUCUACAUCGUCAUAUGCCUGAGGCCGAGUUUCAUUGGUGGGAAGAGACGGGACAUGGAAUCUCGGCGCAGUGGACGACAAGACUCAAUGAGCUCCUGGAGAAGACAUUUGAAGAAGGGAGGCUGUCAAUUGCAGUCGCUGCUGUAGACAUGAAUUGA